GUGUUCUCGCUCAGGAAUCAGGUUGGAGGUCUCGUUCGGGCACUGCGAGUUUUCAAGGAGAAAAACGUUCAUGUGCAUCACAUCGAAUCAAGGAAAAGUAAGCGGAAUCCUCAGCAGUACGAAAUUUUCGUCUCAGUCGACUGCGACUCCGGCACGAUGGGACAAUUGGUGCACGGCUUGGAGCAUGAAGUCGAUUGUGUCGACCUGAAGCACUUCCAUGAGAACGACUCUAUUUUCGACAAUGGCGGGGAAACGCCCACAUUGCUACCGACGGAGGAUGAUCCAUCCGAAGAAGCCGGUCCAGAGCUAUUCGAAGGAAUGCCGUGGUUCCCGAGGCGAAUCUCCGACCUGGAUAAAACCGCUAACCGAGUCCUGAUGUACGGGAGGGAGCUCGACGCAGAGCAUCCUGGUUUCAAAGACCAGGUUUACCGCAAGAGGAGAAUGUUCUACUGUGAUCUGGCGAUGAAUUACAGGAGUGGCUUUCCGAUACCGCGAGUGGACUAUACGGAGGAGGAGAAAACUACCUGGAAGUGCAUAUUCCGCAAGCUGAGCUCUUUGUAUGAAACUCACGCCUGCCAUGAGUUCCUGGAAAACUUCAAUUUGCUCCGCAAAUAUAAAUGGUACAGAGAGGACGACAUACCUCAACUCGAGGACGUCAGCAAUUUCUUGAAAGACCGAACAGGUUUCACUCUACGCCCCGUGGCUGGGUAUCUGUCUGCUCGAGAUUUCCUCUCUGGCUUGGCAUUCCGCGUUUUCCAUUGCACUCAAUAUAUCCGUCACAGCUCGGAUCCUUUUUAUACCCCUGAGCCCGAUUGCUGUCAUGAGUUGCUAGGACAUUGUCCCUUGUUAGCCGAUGCCGCUUUCGCCCAGUUCUCCCAAGAGCUCGGCUUGGCCUCUUUGGGAGCUUCGGACGCCGAGGUGGAUAAGCUGGCAACGUGCUAUUUCUUCACCGUUGAAUUCGGUCUCUGCCAGCAAAAUGACGAAAUGAAAGUCUACGGGGCUGGUCUCCUAUCAUCAGCAUCUGAGCUCGAAUACGUUCUAACAUCCGAAGCGAAUAUUCUACCUUUCGACCCGAACGUUACCUGUGAGGCUGAGCCUCAGAUCACAACAUUCCAGAAGAUGUAUUUCUACACAGACAGUUUCAACGAAGCCAAGCAUCAGAUGAGAGAGUUCGCCAAGACGAUUAAACGGCCCUUCGGACUCCGUUAUAACCCGUAUACUCAGAGUGUUGAGGUUCUUUCGAACACGCAGCGCAUAGCCGGACUCGUCUCUGAACUGAAAGGAGACCUCUGUAUCGUGACUAAUGCGCUGAGCCGCCUCCGAUCCGCUAAAAAGAGGAACAGACGCGGCUCCCACCUCCCCGAGAACGCCGAGAACACCUCGCAGUAA